AUGUGCUCAGUUUGUAGUUUAUUUGAUAUGUUUGAUGCGACUUGCAUUGUUCUUGAAACUGUCAUCAAGGAUGGAAAUUACUCUCAACGUGGAGAUGCAGACAGUGCUAUGAAUUACAUGACAUCUUUUGAUUUUGUGUUCAUUUUGCAUCUUAUGCGAGAUAUAUUAUUACUCUCUAAUGAUCUUUGCCAAGCUUUACAGAGAAAAGCUCAAGAUAUUUUAGACGCUCUUGAUUUAGUUUCUACCACAAAACGAUUGAUUCAAAAUAUGAGAGAAUGUGGAUGGGAGAAGUUUAUUAAAGAAGUUAAAUUAUUUUGUGAGAAGCAUGAAGUAUUAAUCCCCGAUAUGAAUGCUCCUUUUUCCAUUCGUCGAAGUAGGUGUCGUUCUAAGGAAACUGAUAUUUCUAUUGGUCACUAUUAUAAGUAUGACUUAUUCACAGUUACAAUUGAUACACAAUUGCAAGAGUUGAAUAGUAGAUUCAAUGAUAAAGCAGUUGAACUGCUUGUUUUAAGUUCUUCUAUAGAUCUGAAGGAUAAUUAUAGGUUGUUCAAUGCUGAUAACAUAUACAAUCUUGUAGAAAAAUAUUAUCCUGAAGAUUUCACAGAUCAAGAGAAGCUAUAUUUAAAGAUUCAACUACAUCAUUAUGAGUUUGAUGUUCCUCAACAUGAAGAGUUGAAUAAUUUAUCUACUCUUUCUGAAUUAUGUCAAGGAUUGACUAACACUAAAAAAGCUACAAUUUAUCCUUUAGUUGAUAGGUUAAUUCGACUCAUUUUGACUCUUCAUGUGACUACUGCAACAACAGAGCGCUCAUUUUCAGCUAUGAGUAUUGUGAAGACGAAGCUACGGAAUAAAAUGGAAGAUGAUUUUCUUGCAGAUUACUUGAUCACUUAUAUUGAAAAGAAAAUUGCAAAGACAUUCACUACUGAUUCAAUUAUUGAUGAAUUUUAUGAUAUGAAAAAAAGAAGUGUGAAAUUUCGCGACUGA